AUGACAAAGGACGAAAAAGGAUGGAAAGGACGAGAAAAUAGGAAAAGAACGAAAAAGGACGACAAGGGCGAAAAAGACGAGAAAGGACGAAAAAGGAAGAACAAGACCGAAAAAGGACGAAGGACGAAAAAGGACGAAAGACGAAAGAGGACGAAAAAGGACGAAAAGGAGGAAACAGGAUGGAAAAGGACGAUAAAGGACGAAAAAGGACGAACAAGGACGAAAGAGGACGAAAAAGGACGAAGGACGAAAACGGACGAAAAAGAGCGAAAAGGACGAAAAGGACUAGAAAGGACGAAAAGGAUGGAAAAGGACGAAAAAGGACAACUAAGAACGAAGAAGGACGGAAAGGGACGAAAAAGGACGAAAAAAGAUGAAGAGGGCGAAAAAGGACGAAAAGUACGAAAAAGGACGAACAGCACGAAAAAGACGAAAAAGGACGGAAAGUAA